CGGCGGAGCGGGACCGCGAGCGGGAGCUGCGCUUCUACCGCCGGCUGCCCAAAGCGGGGUGUGCCGUACUCGUGGCAUAUCAGUGCAAGCCUUCCGCAGGAGUGCGGAUUUAUCGGGCUCCGGUCCGCACAAACCCCGAGCGCUCCGGCACGUACGGCACAGAGCUCGCACCGGCAGUGCUCGCACAGGCAUUCCGGUGUUCCUUUUUACUCAGUUGCUUUACAGGGUGUAUGUUUAAUGUCUGACAGAAUUCUGUGAGGCAGUUGUAAGCUUGGGAAAAAUAUAAGGCAAUUGCAGCACUGUAUAUCUGCUUCAGCCGCCAGAAGCUGUAAGCAGCCACAGCUCCUCAUGCUUAGUUGGUUACAACUUCAACAUGUUUUCCAAUGUAAAAUUUGAAGAGAAGUAUUGAAUUUUUAUUUUCCUAUUGAGAAUGGAUGUGUGCAGGAAAAUGAGCGGUGUCAAAGUAGAUGCGUUGUAGAUACAUUUGAAUGAGUUGGGAGGGCACUAGAGACCUAUUCCAUAAGUCCAGGAGCUAAGGAGCAAAGGUGAAGUGAGGAAUGGAGCUGAGGAUUGUAGGUUUGGAGCCCAAAGUCAGGAAGUCAAUAGGAAGUCAGGCAGAAAGAGGCCUCAGGCAAAGCAGUGCAGUUACUGCAGUUGUGAUUCGUGGCAGAAUUUUGCUGCAUUUUGGUGUGAGUUUAAUCUUCAGAGUAUGAACAAAAGGAAGGGAAGUGGGUAGACACCUGUUGCUAUUUUUUGAAUGAUGGACAUGCAAUUUGACUUGCAGUGGAUGGAGAGAGUUCUUGAAUCCUUACUGCACUUUUUGUAUUACUGAGGCAGCUGUUGGCUUCCUCCUCACCUUGGAUCACACCAUCGAAAGAAUAGUCUGGGGAGCUCUUUGCUGAGCCAGCUGUGGUCCCGUGGAGACCAGUGCCAACAGCAGCUACCAAGUUAGAGGAAAGAAACAGGGCAGUUCUCACUUGAACCAGUGCUUGCAAAAACCUAAGGAAGUUAUUAUUAGCCAAAAUGUAGAUAACUGUUAUUUUCAAAGAGUGAAACACUGAUGUAGGAUACAAGAACAGUAGUAUGAAAAAGGUGCAGAAGCCAUCCUUUUCACAAGUCCAUAGGGUUUUUAUAUCUGUAGGAACUCCAUGCUCAUUUGAAUGGCAGUAUCAGUUCUGCUACUAUGAAGAAACUCAUGGCCCAGAAGCCAAACCUUCAGAUCCAGAAUGGAAUGACUGUGAUUGACAAAGGAAAGAAAAGAACCUUAGAUGAAUGUUUUCAGAUGUUUCAGAUCAUCUAUCAGGUUACCACAAGGACUGAAGAUAUUUUACUGAUAACUAAAGAUGUCAUUAAAGAAUUUGCUGAUGAUGGUGUCAAGUAUCUGGAACUGAGAAGCACUCCAAGAGAAGAAAAUUCCACAGGUAUGACCAAAAGGAAUUAUGUUGAAACUGUACUUGAGGGAAUAAAGCAGUGUCAAGAAGAAGGUUUGGAUAUAGAUGUAAGGCUAUUAAUAGCAAUAAACAGAAGAGAUGGCCCAGAAGUUGCUAAGCAGACUGUUAAACUUGCUGAAGAGUUCCUGCUUUCCAGUGAUGGGGUUGUAGUAGGACUUGACCUCAGUGGUGAUCCCACUGCAGGACGCGGUCAAGAUUUUUUUGAACCACUCUCAGAAGCAAAAAAAACAGGUCUAAAACUGGCACUGCAUCUUUCUGAGAUUCCAAAUCAAGAAGAGGAGACCAAGAUUCUCCUGGGCUUGCCUCCUGACAGAAUUGGACACGGAACAUAUCUCAAUUCUACAGCAGCAGGCUCUGAAGAGAUAGUGUCACUGGUUCGGCAGAAUCGUAUACCCAUUGAAUUUUGCAUGACAUCAAACAUAAAAUCUCAGACAGUGCCUUCCUGUGACAAACACCAUUUUGGAUACUGGUACAACAUGGGCCAUCCUGCAGUGCUUUGUACUGAUGAUAAAGGCGUCUUUGCAACUGAUCUAUCGCAAGAAUAUGAGCUGGUUGCAAAAACAUUUAAUCUGACUCAAUCACAGAUGUGGGAUCUUUCCUACGAAUCAAUCAACUAUAUUUUUGCUUCAAAUGAAGUAAAAUCCAAGCUAAGGGAACAAUGGUGUAAGCUAAAGCCAGCUCUGUUUGAUUAAUCAAACUGUUGUCCUAAAUAGCUCCAUUGUAUUAAUAAGUUAAUUAAUAAUUGAGGUAAUAAGACUUUCUAAAUGAAGUCCCUGGCUUUUUUCAGACCUCAGGGUUUUAAACCCAGCUAUAAACUGCCUGUGCAAAAUUAAGGCAACUGGAAUGGAUCCCUUGCUACUGGGGACAUAAGUAAAAGUUCUUUUGGUAGUUGGGAAGGGCUCUCAACUAAUGACUAAAAUGUGUUGUCACCUUGUUUCUCUUGAGCCGAUAUGACAUUUUAUGUCAUCAUAAUAUAAACUUUUCAGACCUGGAACAAAAUGAAGGCAGAGCUAUUGAUGUUUAAAACAUCUCUGUUGUCAGCAGUCUGCCAAGCAGUUUGAAUGUGUUGGUGUGUAUUUUGGGGGUUUGUAUUAUUUUCAGGUUUUGAGCCGUUGAUUAAAUGUGAAGACAAACAAACUCAGGGAGAACAAAAUAUUUAUCCCAAGGAAUUAAUAUUGUAUCUGGCUUUAUUGCUGUAUAUGUCUGACUGAAGUUGUGUGGAUUGAGUAGCACGUGGGGAUCUCUGCUAGUGCUCUGGUGGUGUGUAGGCACUUAAAAUCUCGAAUGCCUUCAGUAACUGAGCUACUUGGCAAAGUGGUCUCAUUCUUAAAAUGCUUCUUAGAAUUGCUGUUUGUUGUGUAAAAAAAACCAAUAAAAAUAACUGCUUCAAGCUCCAUGUUUUUGAAACCACCA